GCGCACGCGCAUCCCAGAAGGAGGGGGAACCAGCCGCACAGACAGCGCGGUCGGGUUGUGGGGCUGCUGGCCGGAGGAUCCGGCAACUCCUUGGGCGUGGAGCUUGAGGCGUUUCGGGAGCCGAGCGGUUCCCGCUGGGUGCGAAAGGGUUCGGUGACCAGGCAAACGUCCUCAGCCAUAAGAAAAAGUGGAAAUUGCUUCUGCUUAUACUGAAGUAUAAGAGACUUCCCUCACUGCAAAGCAUGGCACUGCCAUUCCGGAAGGACUUAGAGAAGUACAAGGAGCUGGAUGAGGAUGAGCUUCUUGGGAAUCUGUCAGAGAUAGAGCUGAAACAGCUGGAAACUGUUCUGGAUGAUCUUGACCCUGAGAAUGCCCUUCUGCCUGCAGGGUUCCGGCAGAAGAACCAAACAUCAAAGUCCUCUACAGGGCCCUUUGAUAGAGAACGUCUCCUUUCUUAUCUAGAGAAGGAAGCAUUGGAGCAUAAGGACCGGGAAGACUAUGUACCCUACACUGGAGAGAAAAAAGGGAAAAUAUUUAUCCCCAAACAGAAACCUGUGCAGACUUUUACAGAAGAAAAUAUAUCCCUUGAUCCAGAAUUAGAAGAAGCUUUGACAAGUGCUUCUGAAACGGAAUUGCAUGACCUUGCAGCUAUUCUUGGGAUGCACAGUUUGAUAACCAGUACACAGUUCUGUGAUGUGGUGGGGAGUAGUAAUGGUAUUGACCAAGAACAUUUUUCAAAUGUGGUGAAAGGUGAAAAGAUUCUUCCAGUAUUUGAUGAGCCACCAAAUCCAACCAAUGUUGAAGAGAGUUUAAAGAGAAUUAAAGAAAAUGAUGCCCAUCUUGUUGAAGUUAAUUUGAAUAAUAUAAAAAACAUCCCAAUUCCAACCCUAAAAGAUUUUGCAAAGACUUUGGAGACCAACACACACGUGAAAUAUUUCAGUCUUGCAGCCACCCGGAGCAAUGACCCUGUUGCUGUUGCUUUUGCAGAUAUGCUGAAAGUGAACAAAACUUUGAAGAGCUUGAAUAUGGAGUCCAACUUCAUUACAGGAGCUGGGAUUUUAGCAUUGCUUGAUGCUUUGAGAGAUAAUGAGACUUUGACAGAGCUCAAGAUUGACAAUCAGAGGCAGCAGUUGGGAACAGCUGUAGAAUUAGAAAUGGCCAAGAUGCUUGAGGAAAAUACAAAUAUCCUUAAAUUUGGAUAUCAGUUUACCCAGCAGGGACCUCGGACCAGGGCAGCCAAUGCCAUAACGAAAAACAAUGACUUAGUGCGCAAGAGGCGAGUUGAAGGGGACCACCAGUAAGCAUUCCAAGGUAUAAUCUUUGGAAGACUUCAGAAAAUCACCAAGGGCUCCUGUUGGUGGCAUCAUAUGUAAAAAUUUCCUGGGUAGAAGGGAAAAGACUGGAAACCUUUUUUUAACUAUAUGUAUAAUUUUCCUAGUUUAAGGUAUUAUCUGUUUCAAUUUGUAAAAUCAGGAAUAAGUAUUUUAUAUUUUGAAGCAUUCCUACUGAAAUUGGUUUUGAUUUAGCAUAAUUGAAUGGUUUAUAAUGAGUUUUAGACAAAAAAAAUUUAUAAUUGAAAAAAGUUUGAGAAGCCAUGUAUGUAGAAAACUUUGAGCAUCUUGAGGACCAAUCUUUUUAAAUCAAAAGAGGAUGUUGCUGACUCAGUUGCUGUUGCCUCUUGUAUAUGUGGUGAGGUCCAUGGAGGCUUUCUUUGUUGCACAACCUAAAGCAGUUUCCUUUUUAAAAAUGCACAGAUUUAACAAGAGUUUGCUUUUUCCUUAUCAAGGAAAUAAAAUGCCAGAAUUUUAACAGCUGACUCAAAAUCUGAUGUAUCUGUAUAAGCCAAAGCCGGUCUCCAGGGAGACAAAACAGUUCUCUGUGCAGUGCAGGUUGUUGCGCUGACUGAUGGGUCUCAGCUAUACUGAGUUGGUUUUUUUGGUUUUCUUUGUAAUAGUUCCCAGCUCUGCCCUGUUGCAUACCUUGUUUAAAAUAUAGUUAUAUCUAAGAUUAUUACAGGUUUUCAUCUUACAACAGGAGUCAAAUUUUUGUUAAAGCUAACAGUAAAAAGCUUCAGGGAAGUUGUUUUCUUGCCCACGAAAUUCUAUCAGCUAAUACUCAGUUAUUUAGAGUAUUUUAAAAAAAAAGAAAGAAAGAAAGCUGUUGUCAAGCACAUAAUAGGUUGGAGUUCAAGCAUGAGAAACUUGCAAAAUGGCCAUUAAGUGACGAGCACUGCGGGUUAGAAACUGGAGCAUGAGUCAGACAUGGUGGCACACACUUGUACUCCUAGCCCUUGGAAGGCUGAGACAGGAAGGUUGCCAGGUAUUCAAGGCCACAUACAUAAUGAGUUCCAGGCUAGCCUGGGCUACAAGUGAGACCCUGUCUCAAAAAUCAAAAAACAAAAAGAAAAGAAAGGAAGGAAGAAACUGCAGUGUGGUAAGAAGCUCUCUAUAGUUCCAUGUAUACAGUGCAGAAUUGUAUGAACAAUAUUUAAUCCCUACCACAUAUUGUCCAGCCAAUCACAAAAACUGCUAUUCUCCAGAAAUCCAACUUUAAUACAUGAUUUCUUUAAUCUUGUACUUUUUAAAUCCAUAUUGUGUAAAAAUAAUUUCUGUAGCAAAAGUGGUCUUUAUUUCCCAGGUACUAAGAGGGAACACUUGAGCAAUGUACUGUGGCAGUAGGGGAGAGUGAGGCUGUGCACUGAAGAGCACUAGAGGAUGUGGGCUUCUAUCUGUGCCCUGUCGUAGGGCAGCUCCUCUGGGAGUGGCAGAGAUUCACAGCCACAGAUGAUCAAAAGAAGAGUAGCCUAGCUCAGAAGGUCAGGCCUGGCUGUGUCCUUUACAGGAAGGUAUGUCCACAUAGCAGCAAGGUGGCUUACUGUUGAUUUUAAAAAGAAAAAGACCUUUGAAAUAGAAUUGCAAAAGAUUUGCUACUUUGAUGUUAGCUAGACAGUUUAGUUUUUACAAUUCACUUACUAUUUAUCAAAGUAGGAACAAGGAGAGUGUUUUGCUUACAGCAUUCUAGUUCUGUUCUACAAUACAUUAUAUAACUGAAGAAAAGAUUCCUUUAUAAGUAACUUGAGUGUGAACACUCAUCCAAUUGAAUAGAUAAAAUCUUUUAGGAAUUAUAAUGGAGAGCAGUGUUUACUUUGAUCUUUAAAAAUCUGGCACCUCUUAAAUUUUUAGUAAUUUUCAAUAUUUUAAAAUUGCUCUGAGAUUUUUAUACUAGAGUAAUAAAGAUUCUGAAAGUUUUAAUUUUUAAGCCAGAUUUUUCUAAAACCUUAAGUUGUAUAGCUGAAUCAGUUUAAACUUAACUAGUUAGCUAAGAGAAUAUUAUUCACAUUUUUAAAUGGAUGUUUUUAAAAGCUUUUAAUGCCCAUUUUGUAAAAUUGAAUGUUCAUAUUGUAUUAAAAUUACAAUUUUUCAGUAUGUCUACAUGAAAUUAUAUAUAUUAAAGGUUCAAGCUGGGUGUAGUGGCACAAGCCUUUAAUCCCAGCACUUGGGAGGCAGAGGCAGGUGGAUCUUUGUGAGUUCAAGGCAGCCUGGGCUACAAAGUGAGUUCUACAGGAAGACCCUGUCUCAAAAAGACCAAAAAAAAUUCAAUAUUAGUGGCUAAUAGUAAUAUGUUGAAAAUGGACUUGGUGCUAUACACUUGCCACUUAAGCCUACUAAAAGUUUAAAGAAUAACUAAAAUACAUUUUCUAAUGGUGCCUGUCAUUUAAAAGACCAAAUAAACUUCGUGCUGCAUAUAUUAGCAGAUUGUUGGCCAUUUCAGGCAGUUUUCUUGAUCAUUAAAUGCACAUUCUUGCUGAGUAAUGUAGCCCACACUCUUGCUUUGUGCAAGAAGAGGUGGCACUCCUAAAAAGUUGCUUGUAAAUAGAAUUUUGAGAGUUGUUUUCCAGCUGGUAACCCUCUGGUGUGUUUUCCUUUGAAGGAAGGAUCCAUGCUAUAAUAAAAUUAUAAAAGGAA